AUGAAAAAUCGCUCCACAAUCCUUCUCACCACUCUUCUGGUUCUCCUUUCUGUUGUUUUUCAACAAGUCAACCUUGCAACUGGUCAAACAUUUAAAAAUUGUUAUAGACAUUCGACAGGUAAACAAAUUGAAUGGACCAUUGAUGACACAAACAAUGAAUUCAGAGCUCUAGUUACAUUACCUAACGCUAAAGGUUGGGGAGCUUUUGGUUUAAAGACAACUUCUGCUGGUAUGACUGGAGCUACCAUUGUGAUGGCAUAUUUAGGUUCGAAUAAUGUUACAACGAAUAUUAAUGAAUAUUAUGCUGCUUCGACUACUAUUCCAACAAGAAUUAAAGCAACAGGCACAACGUCAUUCACUAACUUUUUCGUUAAUGCAGCCAUGAAUUAUACUGGAAAUAAUUUAUAUAUCCAUGUUGUGAGAAGAAUGACUCGACCAUCCAAUGCACCAUCAACCUAUUUCCAAUUCACUGGAAAGAGUACAAGUUAUGAUUUGCUGUUUGCUCUCCACUCUUCCACAAAGCCAAAGAGUGCUGAUUCUUUCUUUCAACAUUCUGAAACACUUCACUUGCAACCAUUCACAUUUUACACACAACAAAAUUAUUCAAUCAAUUGUAAUGCCACACCAGCAAGGAAUAUUCCAGUGUUACCUUCUACCCCACCUCCACCUGCUCCAACUCCUGUUACUAAUACUACCAAUGGAACAACACCAGUAACAUCAACAUCAACAACAACAAAUUCAACACGUAACAAUAAUACUGCAGUUUCAUCAUCUUGGAGUAUUCACCAAAAUGGUGAAAAUAGUUUUAUUGGAAAUUCAUUCAAGUGGAUUUGCUUUAUUGCCUGUUUUGUUACCAUGUACAUUAUGAGAAAUGAUUAG